AUGUGGCCAACGUAUACCCCGUAUGAACGAACAAAUAGAAUGCUAGAACAAAGUCGUAUGGACGUACGCUUUCACUUAGAAGGAACACCGUAUGUUGCCGAAGACACAAUAGGAACCGGCGCUUAUGGGGUCGUAUGCAAAGCAAAGCACUUGCCUUCACAACGAGCUGUGGCAAUCAAGAAAAUUCCCCGCGCCUUUGCAGCGCAUACGCUUGCAAAGCGUUCACUACGGGAAGUACGCAUCCUACGCGAAUUACGUCAUGAGAAUAUCAUUGCUGUGUUGGAUAUGUUCACAGCAGAAGGCACACAUGGUCGUGACAUCUAUAUGGUAAUGGAUCUCAUGGAAACUGAUCUGCAUCAGAUCAUUCAUAGUAGACAAACGCUAGUCGAACAACACUUUCAAUAUUUUCUCUAUCAGAUUCUAAGAGGCCUUAAAUACCUUCACUCAGUCGGAAUAGUUCAUCGCGACUUAAAACCCUCAAAUCUGCUAGUCAAUGGAGAUUGCCUUCUGCGUAUAGCUGAUUUUGGUAUGGCUCGAUCUACGGAACAACUGCAAGAAAAGAACGACAAAUUUCUGACGCAGUAUGUGGCUACACGCUGGUAUCGUGCUCCCGAACUACUUUUUUCAAUGAUCGACUAUGACACUAAGGUCGACAUGUGGUCUGCUGGCUGUAUUUUUGCCGAAAUGAUUAUGCGGAGGCAGAUUUUCCCUGGAAAAGAUGGAGUCUCCCAAGUGAAAAUGAUUGUUUACUAUUUAGGAACGCCUGAAGAACGAGUUAUGCAACAAAUCACCUCUGACAUAGUGCUUGGCUGGAUUGAAAGUUGUGGAAAGAAAGAGCCGCUUCCAUGGCAAGCAAUUCUUCCGAAAGCCACUCCAGAAGCUCUAGAAGUCAUCGACAGACUUCUUCAAAUCUCACCAUGGAAUCGAUCCACAGCUGAAGAAGUGCUAGCUUUACCGUAUCUCUCGCCCUACCAUGACCCAGCCUUCGAACCUACUUGUCCCGUAAAAGCAGGAUUUGAUGCCGAUGCUAUCGAGGAACUUCCCGUAGGGAAAGUCAUAGAGCAGCUAGCAAACGAGGCCACUAUCUUCGAUGCCAUUCGUGGGCCUUAUGCCACAAGAACAACACCUCCUUCACCUUUGCCACCUGACGACGACUGUCAGCCGUCCACAAGUCGUAGUGCCGAUCCAAGCGACGAGAUCACUCCUCACAGCUCGCUAAGUUCAUCAUCUUCCGGAUUUACGCUCAUUCGGAGUUCCGCCUCAUCUACACCUCGGAUAAACUCAGGAUCUUCAGCGCUUUCUGAUGAGACAGUACUCGAAAUGGAUACGAACAGGUUAUCUCAAAUUGAGGAUUCAGCUGACAGUACUCCCGAAAGCAGCACUUCAAGUAUAGCAAACAUUGCAAACACAGAGUUCAGCAGAUACUUGCAAGAGGGCACAGACUGGCCACUGUGUGAAGCAAGCACUAGUUCAGCGCCUCCAACGAUCAACAGGGAUAGUUUGAACGCCAAACAAACACUGCGAACUGCUUUGGAGCGUAAAGUGCUUCUAAAAGAGAUGAGGAACAAGGAUGGACGAGACAUUCGACAGCACCUGAAAACAAAAGACCGAGGCAGGCUCAUGAGCGACAUAUCAACAGACGAAAAGAAGAACCCUGAUCGAUGGCAAAGCUUGCUUUACAAAGGGAAGUUAAGAGCACGACCCUUAGGUCGACGAAAAAGCCGCGACUCCUAUCGGACACGGCGGCGACAUCCAAGUGGAGAUGUGCGAAAAUCCACAGAUUAAUAAAUAUAAAACUGAU